AUGCCUCCAGAUGGUUCAACCUUCACGGCCCUAAACCUCCCACCGACAUUCGAACUACCCCAAUGCAUGGAAUACUUCACACUUCGAGCGGGUCCAAACACAGACCUAUGGCGCAAACCCCCUAACGGCGAAACCUCUACUGCCCCAAUCGUCUUCACAUCUCUCCGACACGCCUUCGUCGUAGCAGAAGUGACCGUGAGCGCAGACUGGGAAAUGGAAUGGGACCAAGGCGGCCUAGUGAUAUUCGCCGGCGCAGCACCCCAAUCCUUCUCCUCCGAAGUCGACGAACCACCCGGAUUCCGCAGCACACGCUCACCCUGCAAAUGGGUGAAAGCCGGAAUGGAGUUCUCGUCGGGGACUGUGAACGCGUCGUCCGUGAGCGCGACAGCAGAUGGCGCGGACUGGUGUUUGUCGCCGCUGGCGCAGUCGACACAAGCCGGAUUAGCGAUUCACUCGCUGCGCAUCAAGCUUGAGCGCGUCGGCCAUGCGCUGUGGAUUUGGUACCAGGUUCCGUCGGCGUUGCCGUUUGCUGUGUCGCCUGGUGCGGUGGGGAAUUCGUGGAAAAAGUUGCGCGAGGUGACGUGGUUCUUUUAUGGGGUUGAGGAUAAGUUUGUGCAUGUUGGGGUUUAUGCGAGUCGGCCGACGAGUCUGGCUCGUGGUGGGACUAUGUGGGAUGCUAUGCAUGGUAUGACGCUGGAUACCUCUCUGCCGGCGGGUUCGGCGGAUGGGUUGGUGGUUGAGUUUGAGGAUUUGGAGAUCUUCUAG